AUGAAUUUUGAAUUUGAGAGGGAGAUCGGGUUUAUAAAUAGCCAGCCUUCGCUCGCAGAGUGCCUGACGUCUCUUCCCGCUGUCCUGGAGACAUUUCAAACUUCAUCAAUCAAGGACUCGACAUUAAUUCCACCUCCUUUUGAGCAAACCUUCCUCAGCCUGAAUCCUUGUUCCAGCAACCAGGCGAGACCAAGAAGCCAAAAAAGAGCAACGCAUGGCCUGGUCCAGCAGCGCCCAAUCCAUCUUGGCCCUUUGGCCGCAGAAUUCCCCUGGAUGAAAGAGAAGAAAUCAACCAAGAAAGCUACCCAGACUCCAUCCUCCUCUUCCUCUUCGCCAUCCUCUUCCUCCUUCCCGGGAUCUGCGGCUGGAUCUCCUGCAGACACCCAGGGGCUCCCAGAGACCAGCGCGGGCGGCUCCCGGCGGCUCCGGACUGCUUACACCAACACCCAGCUCCUGGAGCUGGAGAAGGAAUUCCACUUCAACAAAUACCUGUGCAGGCCCCGUCGGGUGGAGAUCGCGGCGCUGCUGGACCUGACCGAAAGGCAGGUCAAGGUGUGGUUUCAGAACCGCCGGAUGAAACACAAGCGGCAGACCCAGCACCAAGACCCCUCAGACGGGGACCUCGGCUACCCCAACCCGGAAGAAGGCAACGACGAGGCGGAGGAGAACUCCCCGUUUGGCCAAGCCCUGGAGACCCCCUGCCCUUUUCAAACCAAAACCCAGCAGCUGCCCGCAGAGCCCCAGAGCCCCGGCUACCCAACGCCCACCGCAGAGCCGGGGUCCAUAAUGGAGCCGAGUGGGGCAGCGGGCAGCGUGGACAAUGCCUUCCCGGAGAGGCAGGAGUCUCCUUUGUUGCCAGAUCUGAGCAUCUUCGCCACAGAUUCCAGCCUCCAGGGCUCCCUGCAGAGCCCCGUCCACUUUUCGGAGGAAGACCUGGACUUUUUUACAAGCACACUGUGUACUAUAGACCUGCAGCAUCUGAAUUUCCAAUAA